GAGUGAAAUUUCAAGCUUGUCCUCAACAAACCGCCAAAAUUUGCAUCUCAAAGGAGACAAAAGAUGUAGAAUCGGUUCAAAAACUGAUGGUAUAGGAUCUCUCGUCAACCUAGAUGAUAAAGAACUUCUUAUUUUUGAGCUAUCUGGAACACCAACUAGUCUUCCAAAGGGACACACAGAGGGAGAUAAAGUUGCUAAAAAACUCCAAGUAUUCAGUUUUCAAAUUGAUGAAAAAUAUAAUUGCUCUAUUUCAACUGCAUAUAUUGUUGGUCAUGGACUAUAUCACAAAAAAAAAUUGUUCUGGUUCUCAUUACCAAAAAGAUUGUUGGACUUGUGCUAUUUGUAUAAUAUAAUUGAUGUCAUGCUUUCUUUUAGAAAUGAAUUGACCAAUUCAUUGAAUGUUAUACACAAACUCAAGAUUGAAAAAACUCACAAUCUUAUUUCUGAUAACCCAAUCAGUGGUUACAUGUUGUGGUUACCACCCUCACGAGCUAGAUUGUUUUAUGAAAUCAAUUGUUUUAAAAAUCGUGAACCUAAACAAACUAGAAUUUUAAAUGCGAGAAGAUCUGAAACAAGAAGUGG